AUGCAGGACAUCGGGCUGGCAGUGGAAAAGAUUGUUGAUUCCGUGGCCGCAGUACGUUCUCACCACAGAAACCCCGUGUUUGGUCUCGUUCAAGUCGGCGUGGAAUCCGUUUUUGUAGAUCGAGAUGUCCAAAUUCACAAUGUCGCCGUCUUGCAAAGGUCUCUUGUCGGGUAUUCCGUGACAAAUCACCUCAUUCACAGAAGUACACAGCGAUUUUGGAUAGUUGUAGUAGUUAUAAGGAGAUGGAUAAGCUCUUCUUUUGAUGGUUUCCUCAUGGACGAUCUGAUCGAUCUCAUCAGUAGUAAUCCCUGGUCUGAUGGCAGCAGCGGCAGCAUCCAGAACCUCUCUUCCCAGCUGGUUGACGAUUCUCAUUUGCUUGAUCUCGUGCUCGUCAAGAACCCUGAUGUUGGAUAA